AUGAGACUGGCCGCCUAUGCUGGGGCCUCUGUGGUCCUAGCCACUGGUGUAUUCCUAAAAGCUCUUCAUCAGAGGUCCAAUUUCUAUUCGGCAUGCGUCUAUCUCUCUCAGAGUAGUGCGAAUCUUAUGAUCCUCACGAAUCUAUGUCUUCUUGUCACCGGCUUUGUGCUAUUCUGGCUCCAGCGACUUCUCUACGGACCCUUGCGACUAGUCGAGACCGAGCAACUUUACGAACGGGCCUGGUUCGCCGUCACAGAGACAUGUCUGGCCAUGACCAUCUUCCGAGGCGAACUUGGAGGCUGGUUUCUGGUUAUGUUCAUUUCGCUGCUGGUCGGCAAGGUCUGGGGCUGGAUUGGCGAAGGCCGCGUGGAAUUCUUAGAGCAACAGCCGCCGGCAAAUCCCUGGUUAUUCCAUACUCGGCUGGCGGUAUCGCUUGUGCUGACGGUGUUAUUUAACGCCUUCAUGUUGCGGUACUGUGUGCAAACCGUGAUUACGCAGGCAAAGCCGGAUAUGAUGGUCAUGUUUGGAUUCGAGUUCGCCAUCUUGACGAUCCUCUCAAGCUCCACCCUCCUGCGAUACGUUAUCGCAUUGACCGAGAUCUCAAUAACCCGCCAGCAAGUAAAGGCCAAGAUGCAAGAACGACGGGAUGAGAUCCGCGUUGCACGUGUCGAGGCGAUUCGAGAGCAUGCCCGCACGGGCGCUGCCUCUCCCCUGCCGAUUUACCUGAUGAAAACGAUAUAA